GAGCCUACCCUUCAAUCAUGGAUAAGCUGAGCAUAGAGGAGCUAGUCAUCACGCCGAAAACAUGACCUUUUCAACCAUGGACAGGCAGACUGUAAAAGGAGGCUGCAGCACCGUAAGUCCUCCUCAGCUGGAAAUAAGGGGUUGGCUGCACAACGGCUACCCUCCCGAUUCCCGCACACAGAAGCGUCCGUAUACGCAGCCAGUUUCGGCUGCUGAUGGAAUAAAAAUCCACAUCACCCAUCCACCGGCAUCCAUUUUACAUCCUUUUCAGCCGAUAAGUAACGCAACACAUUGCUACGCCCAGCCCAGCACAUGGUCGCGUCCGAAACCCGCAGCAUGCCAGUCGCGGAGGGGAGAAGUCCUCCGAGGACCCAAGGCGUACUAACCAACCGAGGAAACGGAAGGAACGAAUGUACAGGAACACACAGCAACCUGAGGAGCCAGCCAGCGCUCGCGUACAUUGAGACUCUGCGAACCGUUUCGAGCACAGCGAGACCCGCAGGCACACUACCGGCGCAGAUCGAUUGUGGCCGAUUAAGUGGCCCAGUCACCGCCUGCAAACCAACUACACGACUUCAGUCGCUCCUCGGAACGAUCCUCUCGCAAAGCGAGCGGCAAGUUGGACAAUCGCCGGCAAACAUUGCAUACAAACAAUCGAAUCAGAGCUAUGCGAGUGGCUUUGCAAAGGCCACACCAGAAAUCACGUGA